AUGAAUCAUGCCAAGUUGAAUUACCGAUACAAGACAAUACAGGCUCCACGCCAAAACGCGAAUCCAGCAAAUGGUCGAGCCACUAAAACAGGAAGUACAGCGAGAUCUUGGCGGGUUGUGGCUAGCUUCGCUGGUGCCAGCAGGCACCGACAGGCAUGGCUCACUCCUGGAAACACCUUUCCUUCUUUGUGCGAAGAAUCGCCAGGUACUCCGUACUCCGUACGCUUGCCUGCAAAAAGCAUCACUAGCUCUCGUUUAAAAGUGGAUCUGGGCAGCGAAGCGCAGGAUCGUGUCUUCACUGAACCAGGAAUCAAUCACAUCGCGCAUGUUUUGAUGUCAACCGACCGUCCCUGCAAUUCUGGAGCAUUAUCUCCGAGGGAAAGAUAUGUCGACACAAAACGGCGAAUGUCAAAACAGUUCUUUCUGCCCUGUGGUGGCCGUCUCGAGCGAAAGAUUGAUGCAAAAAGUAAAUGGCAUCGUCUGGCGCCUGAACUAUUGGAACUGAAGCAAAAUUUUCACAGUCCGGACGCUUUCAACCUUGACGGAAUUAGGCUCACCUUGUGUGGAAGAGAGUGUAUGGACGUGUGUAUGAAUGUAUUUUAUUGUAUGUACGUUACGGCCGUGUAUCAUUUGUCGGGCCCUUACGGAGGACUCCGUGUGAUGGCGAAACAACGCGAUCGGAAACGCACAUGCCCUCCAGGAUUCCUUUGA